UCAACCAUUACUAAAAGAGAAGCAGAAGAGUUGAUAGAAAUUGAGAUUGAUGGGACUGAGAAACCAGAGUGCACAGAAGAAAGCAUUGUAGAACAAACCUACACCCCAGCUGAAUGUGUAAGCCAGGCCAUAGACAUCAAUGAACCAAUUGGCAAUUUGAAAAAACUGCUGGAAACAAGACUACAGUGUUCUUUGGAUGCUCAUGAAAUUUGCCUGCAAGAUAUCCAGCUGGAUCCAGAAAGAAGUUUAUUUGACCAAGGAGUAAAGACAGAUGGAACUGUACAACUUAGUGUACAGGUAAUUUCUUACCAAGGGAUUGAGUCAAAGCUAAACAUUCUGGAAAUUGUGAAAACCGCGGAAACUGUUGAAGUCGUUAUUGACCCGGAUGCCCAUCAUGCUGAAGCAGAAGCGCAUCUUGUGGAAGAAGCUCAAGUGAUAACUCUCGAUGGCACAAAGCACAUUACAACCAUCUCAGAUGAGACCUCAGAGCAAGUGACAAGAUGGGCGGCCGCCCUAGAAGGUUACAGGAAAGAACAAGAACGCCUCAGGAUACCCUAUGAUCCCAUACAGUGGUCCACAGACCAAGUGCUGCACUGGGUGGUUUGGGUAAUGAAGAAGUUCAGCAUGACUGACAUAGACCUCACUACGCUCAACAUUUCGGGAAGAGAAUUAUGUAACCUUAACCAAGAAGAUUUUUUUCAAUGGGUGCCUCGGGGAUAAAUUCUCUGGAGUCAUCUGGAGCUUCUUCGAAAAUAUGUGUUGGCAAGCCAAGAGCAACAGAUGAAUGAGAUAGUUACAAUCGAUCAGCCUGUGCAGAUUAUUCCAGCGUCAGUGCAGUCUGCCCCGCCAACUACCAUUAAAGUUAUAAAUAGCAGUGCAAAGGCAGCUAAAGUACAGAGAGCUCCAAGGAUUUCAGGAGAAGAUAGAAGCUCACCUGGGAACAGAACAGGAAACAAUGGCCAAAUCCAACUAUGGCAGUUUUUGUUAGAACUUCUUACUGACAAGGAUGCUCGAGACUGUAUUUCUUGGGUUGGUGAUGAAGGCGAGUUUAAGCUAAAUCAGCCUGAACUGGUUGCACAAAAAUGGGGACAACGCAAAAAUAAGCCUACAAUGAACUAUGAGAAGCUCAGUCGUGCAUUAAGGUAUUAUUAUGAUGGGGACAUGAUUUGUAAAGUUCAAGGCAAGAGAUUUGUAUACAAGUUUGUCUGUGACUUGAAAACUCUUAUUGGAUACAGUGCUGCAGAACUGAACCACUUGGUCACAGAAUGUGAGCAGAAGAAACUUGCAAAGAUGCAGCUGCACGGAAUUGCCCAGCCAGUCACAGCAGUCACCCUGGCCACUGCUUCUCUACAAACCGAAAAGGAUAAUUGAGGUCCAGGAGCUUCUGGGAAUCUAAGGUCUUUCUUAAAUAUUAGAGCAGGCAUUGCUCUUAACCUUUGUUACUGAAUUUG